AUCUAUCGGUCGUGGUUGUUGCCGUUGUUGCUCUGUCAAAUCUGUUGCCAUGGUGGUUUCAGAAGAUCUUUUCCCACAAGAACUUGCCUCGUGUGGUCCUAAAAGUCAUUACUGAUUUAUUUUUUAUUUUUCCAAACAAGAAUGUCUUGCAACGACGUAGAUGAAUACACAAUGUACCUUCAGUUGUACAAAUGGUACAAACAGGAUUGUGUUGAGAUGGGAAAGGUUCCCAAAGAAUUAAUAUCGUUUCUCGGACAGUUAAAAGCAAAAGCUCGUGGCCCUGGUGACGAUAGUCAGUUGAAGGGAAACUUAACUGAAUCGCAAGAAAGUAAACCAUCUUUGGUCUCAGUCUUGGAACCUCCUUGUCCUUCACCGAUGACAACCAAAUUUGAUAAUGUUGCUGCACAUUUUACAACCAGCUCAUCCUUUGGUCAUUCAGCAUUGAAUCCAAAAUCUGCUAACAGAGCCACAAAUUGUCCAGCCUUAGAUGGCAUCAAACGAAAGCUGAGAACCAUUGAAGGGAAAAGUGUUCCUACAGUUAAGAAAAGAUGCAUAAACACAUCCACAUUUACAUUACAUGUAUUUGUGUUCCCACACUUCGGCUGGUUAGGAAGUACAGCCACUACAGGAGAAAAGGCAGACUUUUGUGACAUGUUUGUUGCUCAGAGAGUUGUAACUUUUCACCUUGAUCAUAACGAAACGAAACACAAAAACGCAAUUUUGAAUGCGUAUGGCGAUGUUUUCCUAGAGGACUUUGUGGCCCAAAGAGCUGUCAGCAAUGGAAGUAGAUUGACCUCUCCUAGAAAUUUAAGCACUGAAGAACUUCAAAAGGAAAGCGGCUUACUGUGGUGCACCUCAAUAAAACCUUUGAAGUUGGAAUCGGGUGGACAACGGUGUGCGCAUUGUUUUCAAACUUUAUCGAAUUCUGUCGACAGCUACCAACUACAUCAACUUGGUUGUCAACGUCGAAAUGAAUCCCUGGAGAUUUUCGAUGAAGAAUCAGACGAAUUCCUUCUUAAUUCAUCAUGUGCUUCUUUUCCCAUUGACUUUGUUGACCAUGAAAACGUCAUCACACAAGUGACCAUGGCUCAUAAAGUUGUGGAGCAUGCUGCAACACGAACUGCAUCUUAAGAGGAGCGUAGACUUCACUGUCUUUUGGCGGUGGAAAGAAGAUUACCACCACUGCCUUGCACACCACCAUUAACCAAGAUGUUUACAGAGAUCGUAUCUGUGGGUCACGUUCCAACCGAUCCUCCAACUCCUUCAGGUGAUUUAAAGUCCACGUUCGUCCACUCUCCCUCCUUUUUUCUAAAUUAUCUUAUCCUUUUUAAUCAAGCAUGUUUUCUCUUUAAACAACCAUCUAGUUAAAGUUAAACCCUGUUCCUAAAAUCAAGAUUACUUUCCUUGUCACAAGACUCAUACUCUGCAGAAUUUGUGCUUUAUUUCAAUAAAAUAAACAGAAACUCGAAGCGA